AUGAAUUCUCAAAUCGUUGCUCUGCUAGUGAUUCUGGGCGUGAGUCUUGGUCAAAAGACUCCCUCAAUCUCUUCCAUAACGCCACACCAGAUCAAGGAUGCAAAAGAGUCUGUGGAUCUUCAAUGCUCCGUGCUAAAUCUGAGCGAUUUCCCUGUGAUUUGGAAAAAGAAGAGUCAAAGUGGCGGAAUUAUUUUGUCUUCGGGCGAAUAUCUCAUUGACAGAGAUUCUCGAUACGACAUUCUCUAUGACAAAUCCUCGUCGACGUUCACACUGAAGAUCAAGGACCUCGAGGAGUCGGACGCGGGAACUUAUCAGUGUCAGAUCUUGCUCUCGGCAGUGUACCAGAUAACAGCCGAAGUGGAAUUGCAGGUGCGAAGAGCUUCUGACAAAUAUUCUCACAACCCAACGCAGUCUAGUGAGAGUGAAUAG